UCCAUGCACGCACUUCCUGCCAGAAUUCGUAAUCUUAUAGUCAGCAUCUGGCUUCAUCUGGCCAAAAAUUAAUGCACAGUCUGACGUCCACCUGGUUUUGACCUGCCUUCGAAUAUCUUGAAUGCCUAGCAAAUCACUGCAGUCAACGCAAAGAGAUGUCGUUCACAUUCGAAUGGCCACGCUUUUCCGACCAGUUUCACACAGAUGCCAUCGAGAUGCUCAACAACGCCCUCAACAAGGGCAAUAAACCGCCAGUGAUUGCUGACAGAAUAGAGGUCGUAGAACUCGAGAUGGGGACACAGCCACCAGAACUCGAAAUUCGGGAUAUCGGUGACUUGACAAUGGACCACUUUCGCGGCAUAUUUCGGUUCACUUAUGCAGGAGACGCACACAUCGUACUCAAGACCAAAGUGCAGGCGAAUCCCUUGAAUCACAAGCAGCCCGAUAUACAUAUCAUGACAGGCUCCCGUGGCAUGCUGGCUGCCAAGGACCCUCUUGUAGUUCCAAUGCUUCUCCGCCUCUCCCACUUCAAACUCAACUCCUAUGUCGUCCUAGUCGUCUCAAAGCAAAAAGGCAUCACACUCGUAUUCAAGACAGACCCUCUCCAGAACGUAGAUAUAAACAGUACAUUCGAUUCCAUCGCCGUAAUUCAAAAGUUCAUCCAACGUGAGAUCGAAGGCCAGCUUAGGCAGAUGUUCAGGGAGGAUCUACCAGGAAUCAUUCAUCGUCUAAGUCAGCAAUGGGUAAGAGCCAAAGUGGAGGCGCCGUAUCUCGACAAGCGAACGCCCACAUCGCGACGCAGACCUUUCGACGUCGUCUCUGCACCUGAUCUCGCUUACGUGCCACCUGGCUUUUCUGGUGUUGGGUUACACAUGCUCCGCCAACAAUCACUCGGGUCUCUUUCCUACGGUCGCGCGCGCUCGAUAUCGGGUGCAUCUGUAUCAACAUCAGCUCGUAGAAGUACCCGAACUCCCCCCACUCCCCUUCGUACUAGUUUUCCAGUAUCAGACCCGUCUUCCUCCAACCCCGAGCAAGAAAUUUUCGACCCAACAUACGGCCUCCGUCCAGAGGGGCUCCCAACAAAAAGCGUCUUCUCAUCCUUCAGCCGCCUCUUCACGCGUAACAUGGGUCUCGGAGAUCUUACUGAAGAGCCCGGAGAAGAUGAGGGCUUGGAAGGCGAAGAAGAGCAGGGUUCGUUCGAUGUCGUUGACUGGGAAGAUUCAGUUGCCGAGUAUUCACCACCUCCGACCAUCGCCGAGGAGCCUGUCACGGAAUACGAAACGCUGCCCGCAGUGGGUGGUGGCACUAUCACUCGUCCGCGAGUAUACCAUUCCCAAUCCAUGAUCCAGUCUCCUUCAGACACACCCCAUUUGUCAGACGCAGCUUCUGUCCGCUCAGACUCCCAUGCCGGUCCAUCGCAUCCCACGCGCUUCUUUCAUCGGCCGCGUCCUAGUUUCAACCCGUAUUUCCCUCUUGCGCCUUCCCUUUACGGCGAACCGCGCCAGUACACACGAUCAGAGCCCGGGUACGACAUCCCUACCCACUCCCUCCCACCCCGCCCCAUCACUCCGUCCAGCCUCGAGACCCAAUUCUCUUCAAGCAGCGGUGUCAUCGACACCCCACCCUCCUCCAUCGCGCCCCUAGACACAAACGCAGACGCAGGAACCUCCCUCAAGUCAUCCCUCUCCGCCCGCCGCCUCUCUAUCUCCCUCUCUUCUAGUCAAAACCACUUCGACAGCUGGAGCACCACGCAUACACACCCCACAGACCCGGAUCCAGACCCCGUCAUCCUCCGCCCCGCCCUCAACAGCACCAUAUCCCAGCUGAGUACCCUAUCCCAUUCGAACCACACAUUAUCGCCCUAUACGCGUUCGCUCGCACAUUUCACGGUACGGAGCGUUCCUCCGAGGACGGCGAGUAAGGACCAGGUGAUGGGUGAGAGACCUGUUGUUAAGGCGAGGAGGAAGAGGAUGUAUAGGAUUGGGAGUGGGAGGUCGAGGGCGCCGGAUAUUCAAAAACCAGCCAAGAAGUCGUCUAUAUCCUCGGAGCAACCGCUCUCGCCCGUACCUCCAUCAGAAUUCGAUCAAUCUGAUAUGGACCGAUAUUUCCGCUCGCCUCCAACAGCACUAUCACAGCAAUCCCUAUCCCCAGCAUCAGACCUACCGCAUUCCUCUUCCCAUGACGUUCGAAGACGACGUCCACACUAGAUCGAUUGAUUGAUCCCGCCAUUUGGAUUCUCGGCUCAGUUCAUGAUGAUAACGAUGAUGUAUUAUGGCAAUGCAUGGGCUUG